GAGGAUACUGUCGAAAUCAAAAAGUGGCAUUCAUUAAUACAGGAAUUAGUAGUCAGGGUGAAGAAAUGAUUAGCAUCUCUAAAUAUUUCACUUAGCAUAAUUAGACUGUUUCUAAGCACGUGCACGGCUCCGUCAGGCUUCAACAAACUGACAUUGAAAAUGCUAAAAGACAUACGGCAGGUGCUGCGGCUCAUCAUGCUAACGGGAAAACUACGACGACAUAGUGUUUUAAGGGCUACUGGGGGGCUUCUGGUGCUCUUUUGGACUGAAACGGGGAAUUCUGUUCAAAUAAUAAACUGUACUGUUGCAGCUGCUGGUCUGUGGUGUGCAGGGACUGAAAUGAAAGCACUUCAGUUGGAUUUAAAGAAGAGCAUGUCUUGCUGUAUGUGGCCUUGCCCAGAGCCUGAUCCUGAGGAACUGAGUGCCUUCACCGAUCUGUAUGGUUCUCUCAGAUUACUGUUGUCUUUUCAGAUGAAAGACAUAAGACAUUACACUCCGGACUGGCAAGCCCACAUACAGACAUUUCUUCAAGCAUUUAGUUUGGCAAAUGCAGGGAUAAAAAUUUAUCUCAAAUUCAAAUUAAAGGACCAGACGUUACUGCGUGAAAUUAGAGUCAAGCUCAAGCGUAAAGUUGCACAGGCAGACCAGUCGUCCGUGAUCCUGGAUGUGUCUUCCUCUGCACAGCCUCCACAUUACGUGAAGAAAGGAUGCUGGUGUCAGGGAGGACAUCCUGUCAUUGGAGGCAAGUUGCCACUCAGCAUCCCACCACAAGCCAUGGAUCAAGGUCUUUUCGGGGAGCUCAGUGUCCAGCUUGUUACACUCUUGAACCCUUGUGUGCUGCAGUACCCUAAUCUACCUACAGAGCUGACAACCAUACAAGUGUUGGUAUACAACCCCAGUAAUAUUCCUGUGCCAGGUCCAUCUGGCUUUUUCCAAAACCUUCCUUCUGCUCUUGACUGUCAACAGCUGGGUUUGGACAGACUUGACUGCUCCUCCUUUAAAGGUUGUGUGCACAGUAUUGGUACCAUUUACACAGUAGAACAAGAAAACUGGGAUGAUCCAGAGCAAGAAUCAAGUCAUUCAAGUCAUCUCCCAGUGCCUCAGAGUCUCCUGCUCUUCCUCUUCUUACAGCAUAGUGACCCCUUCAUCUCCCAGGUCACUGACCUCAUUGCUGCAGAUGUUUUGAUAGAGCACCACCUGGAGGAUAUUUUGAGUAACAAUAAGCAGGCCGUCACAGCUGCCCUGCAGACUGAACUGUGGAACACAAUGAAAGCACAAAAUCACAGAAAAAAGCAACAAGGGAGGCUGCAUUCAGCGGCUGAGGUGAUUCUCAGUUCCACCAUCAGUAUCGUGAGCUGCAGCAGCAACAUGGACUUCAGAAAUGCUUGUUUGAAGCGCAUGAAGGUGUGUGACACUCAUGAGCUGUCAGCUUCCCUCCGCGAAUCACUGUGGAAAGUGACAUCAUGGAAAUUCCUUCCCAGGAGCAGGUGCUGCUUCACUCAGUCGGAGGAACAUCCUGAGUGCAGCGAACCCACGAGAACAGAAAUCUGAGGAUGUCUGUGUUUGUCUUGAAAAGGUUGGGUUCUGACUGUGAAGGCAAUUUAGAAUUUAAAAUAUGUUUCCAUUUUAAAAUGUGCUGGUUAUAAAACUAUAGCUGUUAAAUCUUUAAGUACAUUGUUAAGACAAUAGUUUGUAAUACGCCAAGUGUGACUGAUUUAUUUAAUGCUUCUCUUGCAAACACCUGGAUGAUUAUUCCACAGUAAGAUGUACAUUUUCCAACGCUGGUCUAAAUUGAACUAACUUGGUUGUGAUAGUCCUACCUAAAAUAAACAAUGAGCUAGAAAGCAUAAUAUUUGUAGAUUUAACUGUAUCCUUAUGUCUGUAUCCUUAUUGAUGGUGUAAAGUUGCAUUGCCGUGCUAAAGUACAGCCAAAGAAGUCAAACUGGAACAACUACAUUGUUUAACAGCCAUGAAAGUGAUUCUGAAGAUUUUUGAAAAUUUUGUUUUACUUCUAUUUAAAAAAUUACAUAGUGAUGGAUUCACAUCUGUAUAUUCAGCUAAAUGUUUAUUGAACUAGUUCAUUUUCACACAGCAUGUUUUGGUAUGUAUUUCUUAUUACAUUUGCAAGUAUAUAAUAAACAAUGUGCAAAAAAAUGUUUACUUUUUAAAUUUUUUUCUUAAGCAUUAAAUAAAAGUGGGGAUGUGAAAAUAGCACUUACAUGUGAAAUACAAGAUGAUGGUGUUAAUUAAAGGUUCAUUUGAUUGGUUGUUUAAACCCACUCUAGACUUUAUAUUGAAAGAAAAGAAAUCUUCAAUUAUAAAAAUUGUCAUUCAGGUUUAGAUUUCAAGAAAUAAUCACUUUAUAAUCAAAAUGAAAGCAUUUCGUAAAUUUAACUUUGGCAGUUCACAGGUGACAGCUUUCAACACAUUUAUAUGGACUUUCUCUAAAUUUAAGGGGGGAUGUAAUUAUAGUUGUCCUGUGUUUCCAGGGCACUGGAUAUUUGCGGAAUGUGUGUAAUCGUCCAAAUUUCACCUUUAUUGUAACUUUACAGAUCAGGAAGUUGUGUUUGUUAGACCUGGGGAGUUUUUAAUCUAUAUUGCCCUAAAAUGACAAUAAUAAUCAUCGUGGUAUUUGAUGUUUCAAAUGUUAAGAGCUAUACAUGUCUUUCAAUAAACUGGAUAAGUAUAUUAUUUUAGGAGACCUUGAAUGGAACGUCUAUAAGUAGAGAGAGUCUAUAAGUAGUUUUUAUUUUUGUGGUGCGCCGACUUCCGCUUACUACGUUCAACGUGACGCAACUUCCGGCCGCCAACACACUCAGACCGUUUUCGCGCUAAAGUGAAAUGGCGAUGUAAUAUUAGCAUUUAUUUCGUAUAACUGCAUAUUAGCAGCCUACUUUUUGUUAACUACUGUA